AUGGUUAAGGUGAGGAUUACUAUCUUUGACUCUGAGUCAGAGGACCAAACGGCCCCUGAUGCAGCCAUUCUGACAACUAGUCUCAAGGGCACCAAGGCCAGUCCUGCCGAGCAGCUGAGCAUGGCGUUGGCGUGGGACAGGGAAGACAUCGCACAGAAAGACGUCCUGGUGUACGGACAGCACUGGCAGGUGGGCUCCCUGGAGCAGGCCAUGCUGGAUGCUCUGGUGAUGGACCGAGUCAGUUUUGUCAAACUGCUGAUCGACAACGGCAUGACGAUGAGCCGCUUCCUCACGGUGGAGCGCCUCGAGGAACUCUACAACACGCCGCAGGGCCAGACGGACUGCUUCCUGCACCAGCUCGUUGAAGAUGCCAAACAGACCUCUCUUCCCAUAGGCUACCGUUUCUCUCUCAUUGACAUGGGUCAGGUGAUAGAGUAUCUGAUUGGAGGAGCCUACCGCAGCACCUACACACGGAAACCCUUCCGAGCCGCCCACAGCCGCCUGCACGACAAAGAGGACAGACGGGACAGUUCCAUCUCCUUUUCUAAACGGAGACAUGGAUUAAUACCGGUGUCCUCGAGGAGCCGGAGUCUCCAGGAUCUGCAUUUCUUCAGGACGGCUCAGCCGUACAAACUCAAGGACCAGGAUGUGUCUCCUGGGAGCAGUCGGGACACCACGGUGAGCUCCGGCCUUGGUGCCGUGCCUCUGCUGGUUCCCUUUAACUUCAACGACCUGUUCGUGUGGGCCGUGCUGCACCAGCGCCAGCAGAUGGCGCUGUUCCUAUGGCAACACGGCGAGGAAGCCCUGGCGCGCGCUACGGUGGCCUGUAAGCUCUACCGCUCCAUGGCCUUCGAGGCGCGGCAGAGCAGCAUGGACGACAACAUUUCAGACCGGUUCAGGACCUAUUCUCUGGAGUUUGGCCAGCUGGCGGUGGACGUGUUGGACCGAGCUUUUCGGCAGAACGAGCAGAUGGCGAUGAAGCUACUGACGUCAGAGAUGGAGGCGUGGAGCCGCUUCACGUGUCUGCAGAUGGCCGUUUCCUCCAGUCACCGACCGUUUGUCUCGCACUCCUGCACUCAGACGCUGCUCACAGAUCUCUGGACAGGCUCGCUCAACAUGAGGAAAAACUCCUUCCUCAAGAUCAUUCUGAGCCUGCUUCUGCCCCCUGCCAUCCUGCUGCUGGAGUUUAAAAGUAAAGCAGAAAUGUGCCAUGUGCCUCAGUCCCACGAGGCCAUGCUGUUCGGUCUCGAGUCUGUGAAGUCACCGCCCGUCCUCGAUGGAGCCAAUCACGUGGGCAGGCAGGAUGCGGAGCGAGGCCAUGACGAAUGUUUUGGCCCCGUGUCUGAAACCGUGUCGUCUUUCAGCGUGCGGUAUCUGUCCUGGAUCACACGUCUCUACGAGUUCUACACAGCUCCCGUUGUCAAGUUCUGGUUUCACACGAUGUCCUACCUGGCCUUCCUGAUGUUGUUCUCCUACGUGGUUUUGGUGAAGAUGGGCGAUCGGCCCAGUGUUGAGGAGUGGGUCGUCAUAGCCUACAUCCUGUCCACCGCCGUGGAGAAAACCAGAGAGGUGCUGAUGUCCGAGCCGAGGAAGCUGAGCCAGAAGCUGAAGAUCUGGUUCUCGGAGUACUGGAACAUCUCUGACUUCGUGGCCAUCCUGCUGUUCCUGGCUGGAUUGGCGCUGCGUUGGCACGAGGACCCGUACCGUACGGCGGGACGCAUCAGCUACUGUCUGGACAUCAUCUUCUGGUUCGUCAGGGUGACAGACCUGCUGGCUGUCAACCAGCAUGCUGGGCCCUAUCUCACCAUGAUCACCAGGAUGACCAGUAACAUGUUCUUCAUCGUGGUGAUGAUGGCCAUCGUGCUGCUGAGUUUCGGGGUGUCCAGGAAGGCCAUCCUGUCCCCCGACGAGGAGCCAUCCUGGAGCCUGGCUCGGGACGUGGUCUUCCAGCCCUACUGGAUGAUCUACGGAGAGGUGUACGCUGGAGAGAUAGACCCUUGUGAGGAUGGCAACCCGUGCCCCCCCUACUCCUUCCUCACGGCGUUCCUCCAGGCUGUCUACUUGUUCUUCCAGUACAUCAUCAUGGUCAACAUCCUCAUCGCUUUCUUCAACAACAUCUACUUCGACAUGGCCUCCACGUCCAAUAAGCUGUGGAAGUACAACCGGUACCGUUACAUCAUGACCUAUCAGGACCGGCCGUGGCUGCCCCCCCCGCUCAUCCUCCUCAGUCACAUGACCCUCGCUAUGGGCGCCGCCUACAGGAAGCUCAGCGGAGACGCCGAGCGGGAGGAGAGAGCCUCGGGACUCAAGCUGAACCUGGGCCUCGAGGACCGUAAGAAGCUCCACGAGUUUGAGGAGAAAUGUGUGCAGGCCUACAUCAACGAGAAGAGUGAAGGUGUCCACAGCAGCCAGAUCAACAGGAUCAGGAACACAGCCGAGAGAGCCGAGGAGAUGGUGAUGAUGAUGGGGGAAGUCUCCGAGAAAGUCCUCUUCAUCCAGGACAGCCUGUCGGAGCUCGACUGUCAGCUCGGUCAGCUCCAGGACCUGUCGGUGCUCGCCGUGGACACGCUCACUCUGCUCUCUGCCUCCGACAGCCUCCACCAGGCUCACCUGGCUCAGUGUCGGCCAAUCACGGCCAAGCACCGCUGCGUCACCGCGUCUCACCGCGUCCUGCCGCACAGCUGGACGCUGCACCGGAGCGGAGCCGACUGCGACGCGUUCGGUACGCGGCGAGCGGUGGCCAAGGCGUGUAAAAGCACACCGCCAUCUUUGCUGAAGUGCUGCACAGCGGCGAUGAGCAGACGGGCUUCCCAGGACUUCGGAGCCAGAGGGAGCAAGGGAGGAAGACAAGGACACGCUGAGGGAGGAGAGGAAGAAGCAAAGGAGGUUUCACCGUUGGAGCAUCCCGGUGAGACUUGUCCCGCGGUCUCCAGACCUGCGUUCCUCUCUCACCUCCACGUUUCGCGGGACCAGACGCCCGUUGAGUCGUGUGCACCGUCCCGGUGUGGCUCCCCUCUGUCCCCCCGAGGCUUGGAGUCGCCCCAUUACAAACACUGGACCUGGGACCCCUACCUGUUCCCCAGCCGGGAGGAAACGUCCAUGGAGGAAGAGGAGGAAGAAGACGAAGAAGAGCAGCGAGAAGAGGAAAGGACACGUGAACACCUGUCCGAUGAAGAGGAGGAGGAGGAAGAAGAGCGAGAAGAGGAAAGAACGAGUGAACACCUGUCCGAUGGACAUUUCUCCAGAGCCUCGAGCUCCGCGGGUCUGCUGUCCAACUCCCGAGACGUCGCCGUCGUCUCCGAGGGUUUGGUGAAUCCGGCCUUUUCUCAGGACGACGGCCGGAUGAUUUCUCGGUCCAGACCUUCCAGCCAAUGGGGAAGGCCGGAGCCGAGGUGGGCUCGUGUGUCCAGAGAUCGUCCCUACGGUUACUGCCGGUCCCUGUCGUCCAGCGUGGAGAACGUGGCGUUCUCCGGUGCGCCGCUGAGUCCCACGAGAGGCUCGUUCUCUUCUUUUAACUUCAGUUUCGGGGACGACACUUCGCUAGGAUGCAGCAAGAGCAGAGAGUGGUCCAAGUCGUCUGACUUCAGUCAGGCUGUAGACGGCCGAGGCAAAAACCAUCGCAGGAAGACCGUGAAGAUCCAGGAGAGCUGCCCCGACACGUCCCGUCUGUCUGACGGCUGCAGGAGGCGGCGCCGGAGACUCCGAGGAGAAUCCACGUGUUGGUCGGCCUCGACCAGCCUCAGUCAGCUCAAUUUUGAACCAAUGGAUUUGCUGCAGAAGCAGGUGUUUUCCCAUCAGGACGUUUGGAGCCCGACCCACUCGGCGUGGAACAGCUGGGCCAGACCCACGAGCCGCAGAUCCUCUUUGCAGAGUGGGAUCACCCCUGAAGCGAAGAGCUCCUCAUUCCAGUCCACUGACAAUUUGUAUCCGCAUUAUUCAGCGAUGGAGAGAAACAAUCUGAUGCGACUGGCUCACACCAUUCCCUUCACUCCAGUCUCCUUUCUGGGAGGAGAGGAGGUCAGCAUCUACUCGAUGGAGGAAGUGCUGUCUGAAUCCAGCGCGGUGUCGGCGGUGUCGGCGUGGUCGUCGCGCGGCCUGUCCGCCAUGCUGCAGCCGCUCGCCAGCGAGGAGGGCUCUCUGGACGGAGGGCUUCGGCGGGGCUGCAGGGUGCUGUGUACCUGGGCAGAACGUGACGUGCUCAGACCCGGCCUGGUGUACAUGGUCAAAGCAUUUAGGCCUGAGGUGGUUCGGGCCUGGCAGAGGUACUUCCACGGUAGCACGGCGCUGCAGCUGUGUUUAAGGGAGAUCCAGCAGCAGAGAGCAGCUCAGAAGAUGAUGAAAGUGUUCAACGAGGUCAAACCUGAUGAUAUGCACCACUCACCGAGGUUCCUGGAUGUAGCUCUGGUCCUGUGGCUCUCUAACGGCCAGUGGCUGACCAUAGAGAGGAACAUGUGCGGCGACUUCAGGAAGUACAACAACAACAACGGAGAAGAGAUCGCCCCCUGCUGCUCGCUGGAGGAAACACUGCUGGCCUUCAGCCACUGGACCUACGAGCACUCAGCCAGGGAGCUGCUGGUGCUCGAUAUACAAGGAGUGGGAGAGGAGCUGACCGAUCCAACGGUGAUCACAGCAGACGAUCAGAGGGGCGAGAUGCUCUUCGGUCCAGAUAACCUCGGAGACGCUGCCAUCAGCGGCUUCCUGCAGAACCACAGCUGCAGCUCCUGCUGCCGCAGACUGGGCCUCACAGACUUGAGGACGCGUUGGGACAGCAGCGAGGGGACAGAAGAACAAGACGAGUAAAGACCAGGAUGUAAAUGGACUUAUCUAGCGCUUUUCUAGUCCCAACGACUACUCAAAGCGCUUUAACAUAACACAGGAACCAUUCACCGUUCACACACAUUCAUACACUGUGGCCGAGGCUCCACAAAACACUAGACUACCGUAACACCCCUAGUAUACGCUCCACAAAACACUCGACUACCGUAACACCCCUAGUAUACGCUCCACAAAACACUUGACUACCGUAACACCCCUAG